CGCCCACUCGUCCCUCGUCACCACCAGCUCUCGAGCGUCCAGCGUUGAUGUCCGACGACAGCACCAAGGUCGUCAAGGUGAUCGCCUCGCACGGCCGCACCGGCGACCAGUGCGAGCUCAGCUACUUCUCGAGCAAGGUGGUCGGCAACGGCUCGUUCGGCGUCGUCUUCCAGGCCAAGCUCGUCCCGGGCUCGCUCGGACCCGACAACGAGGGCGACGACGAUGUCGCCAUCAAAAAGGUCCUCCAGGACAAGCGCUUCAAGAACCGCGAGCUCCAGAUCAUGCGCCUCGUCAAGCACCCGAACGUCGUCAACCUGCGCGCCUUCUUCUACUCGAACGGCGACAAGCCGAAAAAGGACGAGGUCUACCUCAACCUCGUGCUCGAGUACGUUCCCGAGACGGUGUACCGCGCGUCGCGCCACUACGCCAAGCUCAAGCAGACGAUGCCCAUGGCCUACAUCAAGCUCUACAUGUACCAGCUCCUGCGCUCGCUCGCCUACAUCCACUCGGUCGGCAUCUGCCACCGCGACAUCAAGCCGCAGAACCUGCUCCUCAAUCCGCCGUCGGGCAUCCUCAAGCUGUGCGACUUUGGCUCGGCCAAGAUCCUGAUCGAGGGCGAGCCCAACGUGUCGUACAUCUGCUCGCGGUACUAUCGCGCGCCCGAGCUCAUCUUUGGCGCGACCAACUACACGACCAACAUCGACGUGUGGAGCGCCGGGUGCGUCAUGGCGGAGCUCAUGCUCGGCCAGCCCUUGUUCCCGGGAGAGUCGGGCAUCGACCAGCUCGUCGAGAUCAUCAAGGUGCUCGGCACGCCCACGCGCGAGCAGAUCAAGACGAUGAACCCCAACUACAUGGAGCACAAGUUCCCCCAGAUCAAGCCGCAUCCGUUCGUCAAGGUGUUCCGCCCGCGCACGCCGCCCGAGGCGAUCGACCUCAUCUCGAAGCUCCUCGAGUACACGCCGUCCGCGCGCCUCACGGCCAUCGAGGCCAUGUGCCACCCCUUCUUCAACGACCUCAAGACGCCCGACGCCAAGAUGCCGACCGGCAAGGACCUGCCGCCCCUGUUCGACUUCAACCGCGAGGAGCUGUCGUGCCGGCCCGACCUGAUCCGCCAGCUCGUGCCGCCGCACGCCGAGCAGGAGCUCCUCAGCCGCGGCAUCGACAUCAACAACUUUGAGCCGAUCCCGCUCGAGCAGAUGAGGCUGCACCUCGACUGAGCGCGAUCGCGAUCGUCGUCGUUGGUCGUCGCCCCUGUCUUAUCGCCCGUGCCCUCUCGCCCCUCUCCCGCCUCGUCGUCGCCGCGCACCCUCUACAUACUCGCCCGAUACCACCCUGCGCCGGCUCGACCCCUCGCCUUUCUCCUUCGUCGUCGUCGUCGUCGUGCUUCCGUCCGUCCGUCUGUCGUCCCCCCUUCCCCUCCCUCUUCUCCUCUCCCCUCGCCUCGGCCCUCCUCGAGGUUCCACCCUCAGGCCGCACCCCCUCCUUUCCUCAUAUGCCCGUCACCCUAGUUCCUCCUCUCUCGAUCCGCAACCCCUCCUGCCGUAGCGACUCAUCUCGCACUCCCUGCCUCGAUCUCUAGCUCUCCCUCGUAGCUUGCCGCCCUUUCCUCCCCUUCUCCUCGCCUGUACCAACGAGCCCUUCUUGUCGUUCACCCA